AAGUACAGUACAAUUGUCAGUUCACUUUAAACAAACCAUGAAACCACUUUACUGUUACAAUUACUACAAGGGUAAUAUAGAGAUUACCAAGAAGACUUGGUAGAUAAGAGUAAAAAGGGGAAUCAUAAAUGCCAACUUCUCAAUAGAAAGGAGAAAAAAAAAAAGUUAUGGGGCCGUAACAAAGAGCAGAAAAGAUGCUUUUCUCAACAGCUAUAAAUACAACCAAAGAGAAAACCAAAUAACUUAAGAUACAAACACAAAAACAAUCUUUCUCCAAUCAUCUCUCUUCUUUCACUUCCCCCUCUCUUUUUUUUUUUAAAGUUUUCGCAACUCAAAUCAUAAAAUUUCGAAUCACAAUCUUUUUGAACUCUGUCUGUAACUCACUCGAGGCUCGGGUUUCUUCACUGAUCCCUAGGAAAAAGGGGCAAAUUUUUUUAAGCACCCCUGUUUCCUCCUCGCCUUUGUUUUCUAAUUUUAUCAAGUUGUAAAUGGACAAAUUCCAAGAAAACAACACUAUGUCUAGCAUAUACGAUGAGGGUGCUCGAAUUCGAUCUUCGUUAUCUCAACUAAUUCUAACAAGUGGUACGAACACUUUCGAUACAAUUUUCUCUCAUUAUCAAGAAACUAACCAAAUGGCUAGUACUAGUCCUGUUUUUGAGCCUUUAGGUUCCUCAGUCUACCUCAGACAAAGAGAUUUGCUACACAAAUUCUGCCAAGAAAACAUAGCAAAUAUCCCCUUACCAACAACUUCCAAAACUAGCCCCUUUCGAAACUCUUUGUAUACGCAGGGUUAUAAUUUCCAAGAGAAGAAAAAACUAUACAGGGGAGUUAGACAAAGGCAUUGGGGGAAAUGGGUAGCUGAGAUAAGACUUCCGCAGAAUAGAAUGAGAGUUUGGUUAGGUACUUAUGAAACUGCUGAGGCUGCUGCUUAUGCUUAUGAUAGAGCAGCGUAUAAACUUCGCGGUGAAUAUGCACGUUUGAACUUCCCUAAUGUACGCGAUCCAAGCAAGUUGGGAUUUGGAGAUGGAGAGAGAAUGAAUGCUGUGAAGAAUGCAGUUGAUGCUAAGAUUCAAGCAAUUUGUCAAAAGGUGAAAAGGGAGAAAGCUAAAAAGGCUGCCAAGAAGAAGAGUGAGAACGAGAGUAAAGUUAAAGAAACUAUGGAUUCAUCAUCUUCUACUACUACUACUACUACGACUACGACUAGUUCUUUGGUUGGUGGUUGUGGUGAUGUGAUUUCACCAAGUGUUUCUGAAGAUGGACUGUGGAAAAGUGAGGAUUCAACUUGUUCUGUUUUUGGUGAUUGCUUGAAGGAGCCAUUAAUGGAGUCUGAAUUUGAUAGUUGUUCACUUGCAAGAAUGCCUUCUUUUGAUCCUGAGUUGAUAUGGGAAGUUCUUGCUAAUUAGGGGGUUGUGGGGUUUGGUUUGGGGGGUGGGGGUAUGUUAAGUUAAUUAGGAGCUUUUUCUUUUGCCUUUUGUUGAUGUCAUCAUAUGAGCCUAACUAGAUCAAAACGGCACGACCAAGUCCAAGACGAGCACAACCAUCAUGGUUAACUAGGAGCUUUUUCGUCUUACUCAUUGAUGUCAUCCUAUGAGCCUGGCCAGACAAAAAGGGCAAAACCAAGACGAGCAUAGCCAUCAUGGUUAAUUAGGAGUUUUUUCUUUUGUCCUACUUGUUGAUGUUGUCACAUGAGCCCGACCAAACCAAAAGGGCACGGCUAAGUCCAAGACGAGCAAAACCGUCAUGGUUAAUUAGUAGUUGUUCUCGGGAAUUAGUGGUACCAUUUUAUGUUGUGGGAAAUGUAAAUGGUUAAUUUUGAAGAUUUUAGCUAUAUAUCUUAUGACUGCGUUUGUCAAAGUUAAGCAAGUGAUGAAUGUCCUUAAGUUUGCCUUGUGUUUUCUUAUGGGGGAUGAAAUGGACAUAUUUGAGCUCUAUUUACUCCCAAGUUUAUGUAUCAAAUAGGUUGGAGUUUUAUUAUUUUUAAUAAAAUUAGUGAUUUUUAAACCA